CAUACAUACUGUAAUUUAGAUUUCUUCUUUCUUUUAGGAUGCGAUGACAUAUUUGUCUGAUCUGUUACCAGAUGAUAUGAAGAAGGAGGUGUAUGAACUGUGGGAAGAGUAUGAGCAUCAGUCCAGCGCUGAAGCGAAAUUUGUGAAAGAGCUUGACCAAUGUGAAAUGAUCCUCCAGGCCCUUGAAUAUGAAGAGCUUGAAAAGCGACCAGGAAGACUUCAAGAUUUCUACAAUUCAACUGCAGGAAAAUUUAAACAUCCAGAAAUUGUUGAGUUGGUGUCUGCAAUUUAUGAAGAAAGAGACUCCAACAUAGCUUCACAAGGAAGUAGCUCUCAGCUGUAAAAUCGUUUUAUUUCUGCCCAGAAUAAACUAUUUAUCCUUUUUUA